AUGGAUAUCGAGCCUACUUUCAAAGGAUACAUUGAAGAUGAAGAUGAUGCUUUGCUUAUUCUCCAAGCUACCCUGGACGGUAAGCUGAAACAUAUUCCUAGAAGGCCAUAUGAAAUUGAAAGACCCUACUUGAUCGUAUCCGGUAGUAUAUUCGUGUUUAUCGAAGAGAUUUCCGGAAUCAAAAGAUGGACUGACGGAGUUUCUUGGUCUCCAUCGAGAAUAUCAGGCAAGUUUCUAAUUUAUAAAGAAUUGGAUAAGGAGAACGCCAACACUGGUGCUAAUGCCAAUGUUAAUUCGACCAGCAAUUCUGACUCUGCCAUUAUCUCAGAUGGGCCUUCCGACGCAAAGGAUCCUUCCUCUUCCAAGAUCAAAUUACCUCCUUUAAAGAAUCAUCAAUUCGACUUACCGCCCACUAUGGCUCAUUCGAAUUUUGAAUCGGAUCAAGAAUCAUCCAUUUCUCCAUCGAACCGUUCGAAUUUACCACUAAAAUAUACCGGUCUAGUGAAAAAGACAAUCUCAGUGAAAUUGAAGAGACCUCCAUUCAAUUCUAUAGAAAAUUUACACAUUGUCUCAUACUAUUCCGUCAAGGAUAUCAAACAAAGCCGUUUGGUGACGCCAAAAGCCUCUCCCUUCUUAAAAGAUACUAGACCUUCACAAGAGCUAAUUAUCGCAAUGGAAAACACAACAUUGGGCAAUGUGAAAAAUAAUACCAACACCACUAAUGCGAACAACUCUAAUAGUAUAAACAACAAAAGUAACUCCUCGACUCCUUUAAAUACUGUCAUCUCCACAAAUAACAAUAGUGCUAAUAUAAAUGCUGCUGGCGGUAAUCAAUUUACUAGUGCGAACAAAAAUUAUUAUUACAAAAAUGAUGAAAGCUCUGGGUACCCAAUCGCCCAAUUCGCUCCUGCGUUGCCUUCAACAACUUUGAUGUAUACAAUGAAUCCACCUUACAUCACUCAAUCUCCUGAUAACGCAAAUCCCACUGGCAUGAACACUCAUAGCAAUAACAAUAAUAAUAACAAUAAUAAUAAUAAUAAUAUCAAUAAUAAUAACAAUAAUAAUAAUAAUAAUAUCAAUAAUAAUAAUAAUAAUAAUACUAUUAACGCUAAUACAAAUAAUAGUAACACCGGUAAUAUUAAUGCAGGAAACAAUAGCAAUUCGAAUCGAUUUACCAAUGGAUCUUUUGCUUAUAAUACUGCGGGUGAUUUCAUUAAUUCACAACAACAAGGACAAAUCUCUUACCCCUUCUAUUAUACAACAAUUCCAAUUAAUAAUCCAAACUACUAUACUACUCAACCUCCAAAUCCUGCUGCAAACAAUACCACAAUGAAUGAUAAUCAUAAUUAUUCUGCCUCUACAACCCAACACCCCUAUUAUGGUCAUCCUAUAGAGAGUCAACUAGCUCUAACAGCCGCUGGGAGUGUCAGCGCUCCUGGUGCUCCUGUCGCAACCGAAAAUGGGCUGCCCAUAUCUAACAUGCAACCAGUACUCCAUCAAGCCAAUAACAGUAACCCAAAUGCUGCUUCUUCCUCUGCCACUGCUGCUGGCCCUUCGGCGACUCCUUAUCCUGUUUAUUCUAUGAACGUUCCCUAUUAUAGUUCUCCCGCUUCCGCAUUCAAGAGAGCUCAGGACAAUACUACUUCAAAUCCAAACGCGGAACCUUCUUUAACUGCAGGCACGAAUGCACCAAAUCCCGGAUACGCUAACUCUCAACAAUACACUACAUCACAAGUAUAUUACCAAGGGUUUCCUCAAUAUGCCAUGACCAGUGCUCAGAAUUCAUCGAUGUAUCAGCAUCAACAUCAACACCAACACCAACACCCUUUACCGACAGUAUACCCAAUAACAGCGUCGCAACAAAAUAUAAUAAACGCAAGCCACGCUUCGAACACUAUUGGCUCUGAUCCUCAGCACCAUCACUAUCAGCAGGAAGCUAACGAUCAUAAGAAUUUUACCAUGGGCCAUUCGAAUAGUAAUAUUUUAAACAUUACCAAUAACGAUACGAUGAACAAUAUUAAUACGAAUACCACUACUACUACACAAUAA